CCGGUCUCAGAAAUACAUUCAGCCGAGGGAAAAGGAGAACGUGGCCUAUGAAUUCAUUCUCCACAAUUACGCGAUAACAGAGGGGUUUGUUUUCUUAAAGGCCACCGCUGGCAUCAUCCCAUCAUUUGCAAGCUUCCGUGGGAUUUCUGGAAAACUCCCUCCCUCUCGUCCGUCGUCACCUUCAACUUUCUUCGGCACAGAGAACAUCAGCUCUCUAGCACCACACACAUCAUGUUGUACUCCAAAUUCUGGCCCAAGGGUGGUAUCCCGGGCAUGCUCCACCACUACACUGAAUCCCUCGUCACCUUUGAAUACACAACCGGCAAGGUCGCCCAACCCCACAGUCUCCUCUUCGUUGGUGGUCUGGGCGAUGGUAUCGGUACCACUUCCUACGUCGCCGACAUGGCGAAGAUGAUGGAGCAAAGCGACUGGUCCAUCUUCAUGCUCAACCUCACCUCCUCUUACAACUCCUGGGGUCUGGGCCACCUGGACCGCGACACGAACGAGAUCACCAAGUGCCUCAACUACAUCCGCGAUUACAAGACCGAGAAGUACGGCAGCCCCGGCAAGAUCGUGCUGAUGGGCCACUCGACGGGCAGCCAGUGCGUGCUGCACUACCUCUACCGGCCCAACCCCUUCACGGUCGCCCACCCGUUCGACAGCGACCUGGAGCAUCUGCAGCGCAUGCCCCUCGACGGCGCCAUCAUGCAAGCGCCCGUCUCCGACCGUGAGGCCAUCCAGUGGGUGCUCCACUGGGGGUUCAACGGCAAGACGCCCGAGCAGGUGCGGGCGGUCUACGACAAGGCCGAGGCGAUGGCGCGCGAGGCGGUGCGCGACAAGGACCCCAAGUUCGACACCGUCCUGCCCCUGGACGUCACCGCCAACAUCUGCUACGGCGCCAACGUUCCCAUCAGCGCCCGCCGCUUUUUGAGUCUCGUGAGCCCCGACAGCCCCGCGACGCCCCAGGAAGACGACCUGUUCAGCUCCGAUCUGAGCGAUGAGCACCUGAAAACCACCUUCGGCAAGAUCCGCGACUCGGGCCUGCUCCGCAGUCGCCUGAUGGUGAUGUUCUCCGGCGCCGACCAGGCGGUGCCGGACUGGAUUGACAAGGAGAAGCUGAUGGCCCGGUGGCGGAACGCGGCGAACCGCAACGGCGAGGCGGAGGUCUGGGAUGACCAGCACAGCUUCAUCAUUCCCAAUGCCUCGCAUGCGUUGAGCAAUGACGACCAGGCGGAGCCGAGAAGGCUUCUGGCUGAGAAGGUCAUCAGCUAUCUGAGUGCAGUCAAGGGAAACUGAGAUGAUUACGAUCGAGUUUGUUUUUAGCGUGCAAUGUUAGAGAUUCAAUUGUGC